GCUGGUGGGAGGGGUUACACGGCCUGUCCCGUGCCGGAUGACACACACACAAACAUAUGCACAGAGCAGGUCUCUGGGACAUCAGACGAUUUAUGCCGCGGCCAUAACUAAAGCAGAUAAGGAAGAAGAGGACACUGUACGGGCAGAUGAUGUUUAUUAGCUCUGCUCUCAUUCUCCUUGAUGGGAAGCACCAGUGGCCUGUGGGUGAGCCAUGACACAUCCUCUUGGGUCUGGAGGAGAGAGUCACCUUGUUGCUGCUGUUGCUGCUGCUUCUCUCUGCGGAGGAUUGUGAGGCGCUGCUGAUACCGGAUCAGCAGGGGAGAUUAGGGGAAUCAUCUGUGCGGAUCUGAAAGGGUUUCAUGAAGGGAGGAGCUCCAAAUCCUGUAUCUGACACGUGUUUAUUUUGGACUAAGGACCUCAGCUGUUUACCUCUGACUGAAUGAAUGAGCACGGGCAGGGACAUCUGACCAGCACACGCUUCUAAGCCAAGGAAGGGCCUGAGAGGCUGAGGGGGAGCAGCCAAGAUGAGAAGCAGGAGCAAUUCAGGGGUUAGACUUGAUGGCUAUGCCAGGCUUAUUCAGCAGACCAUACUUUGUCACCAGCACCCAGUCACGGGCCUUCUUCCUGCUAGCAAAGAACAGAAAGAUGCCUGGGUUCGAGACAACGUGUACAGUAUUCUGGCGGUCUGGGGGUUGGGAAUGGCGUAUCGCAAAAAUGCUGAUCGGGAUGAGGACAAAGCCAAGGCGUAUGAACUAGAGCAGAGUGUUGUAAAGCUGAUGAGAGGAAUUUUGCAUUGCAUGAUAAGACAGGUGGAUAAAGUCGAGAAAUUCAAACACACGCAGAGUACAAAAGAUUGUCUGCAUGCCAAGUACAACACAGCAACUUGCAGUACUAUAGUUGGUGACGACCAGUGGGGGCAUCUGCAAGUAGACGCCACCUCCCUAUUCCUUUUGUGCUUGGCACAAAUGACUGCUGCAGGCUUACACAUUGUGUUUACACUGGAUGAAGUUUCCUUUAUACAGAAUCUUGUUUUUUACAUUGAAGCUGCUUAUAAAGUUGCUGAUUAUGGAAUGUGGGAGCGAGGAGACAAGACAAAUCAAGGGAUUCCUGAACUAAAUGCAAGCUCUGUGGGGAUGGCAAAAGCUGCUCUGGAAGCCAUAGAUGAACUUGACCUGUUUGGAGCUCAUGGGGGACCCAGAUCUGUGAUUCAUGUUUUACCUGAUGAUGUAGAACACUGUCAGUCAAUCCUUUAUUCAAUGUUGCCACGGGCUUCCACCUCCAAGGAAAUUGAUGCUGGCCUCCUCUCCAUCAUUUCAUAUCCAGCUUUUGCUGUUGAGGACAUAACCCUGGUUAAUGCGACCAAAAAUGAAAUAAUCACCAAGCUCCAGGGGAGAUAUGGCUGCUGUCGUUUUCUCAGAGAUGGCUUUAAAACACCAAGAGAGGACCCCAACAGAUUACACUAUGACUCCACUGAACUCAAACUCUUUGAGAAUAUCGAAUGUGAAUGGCCUCUGUUCUGGACAUAUCUACUUCUUGAUGGAAUCUUUAAUGGGGAUCAAGUUCAGAUGCAAGAAUAUCGGGAAGCUCUGGAGGGAAUUCUUAUAAGAGGAAAGAAUGGAAUUCAUCUUGUGCCAGAACUUUAUGCUGUUCCUUCUGACAAGAUAGAAGAAGAGUACCACAAUCCUCAUACAGUUGACCGCAGACCUUUGGGGAAGACACCUCACCUAUGGGGACAAUCACUGUAUAUACUGGGCUCUCUUUUAGCUGAGGGAUUUCUAGCUCCAGGAGAAGUAGAUCCUUUGAACAGAAGAUUCUCUACAGUUUUUAAACCUGAUGUUGUUGUGCAAGUUUCAGUUCUAGCAGAGUCUAAGCAAAUUAAGAAAAUGCUUAAAAACCAUGAUAUUGAAAUUCAGAGCUUUAGCGAUAUCCGACCAAUCAGAGUGCAGCCAGCUCGGAUUUUGAGUCAUCUGUAUGCCAAACUUGGUUAUAAUAAAGCCAUGAAGCUUAGUGGCCGGCCAUACCGUCACAUAGGUGUUUUAGGGACAUCUAAAUUGUACAUGAUCAGGAACCAGAUCUUUACAUUUACACCCCAGUUUACAGAUCAGCACCACUUCUAUCUAGCUCUAGACAGCAGAAUGAUUGUUGAGAUGCUCAGAACUGAACUGGCCUAUUUGACUUCCUGCUGGAGGAUGACUGGGAGACCAACUCUGACCUUUCCUAUUACUCAUUCUAUGCUCAAUGAAGAUGGCUCUGAUAUCGAUCCUGCUAUUCUUUCUACAAUUAGAAAAAUGGAAGAUGGAUAUUUUGGUGGAGCAAGGGUUAAGCUGGGGAAGUUAUCAGACUUCCUUACUACAUCUUUCUACACUCAUCUAAGCUUCCUGGAUUCUGACUGUGACGUAAAGCUUUUUGAUGAUCUAGAUAAGGAAUGUUACAGUCCAAUCAACGACUAUGAAGUAGAAUUAUUUCCAACCAAUGAGUGCGAGAAUGAGGAAAUUCAGGAUGAGCUUGAUCAGUAUAUCAAUCAACUGCAGCAAAGCAUGGCAUCGACAUCUUACCUACCUCCAACUUCCAGUCAAUCAGACACAUACCAUGCCUUCAGCACACUCCAUUCCACCCGGGAUAUUCUCUCUUUAAUGGCUAAAUCGAAAGGCCUGGAUGUACCAAAUUCCUCCUUAUUUCUUCCUGCUAAAAAUUUAAGUGCUCACCGGAGAUCUUUAAAUCUGUUAGAGGUUCCACAACCACACAAACACCAGAAUCAUGAAACAGAAUUAAAUCUACCAAAAGAUGCCCGCGGGGAUGUUGAUUGCCACAAGCUGUUGGAUAAACUCAAGGAAUGUCCAACUCUUCAAGACCAAGCAGAUAUACUGUAUAUACUGUGUGUGAUAAAAGGAUUGGACUGGGAUACAGGUUUGAAUGGACAGUGUGGCGUGACUAUACAUUUGCUGCUAAAUGAGCUGUAUAGUAAAGCAGGUCUCAAUCGGGAAUGGGGUCUGAUCCGUUACAUCUCUGGCCUUCUGAAGAAGAGAGUGGAGGUCCUUGCUGAGGCUUGCACUGAUAUCUUGUCACACCAUAAGCAGCUUACUGUAGGCCUGCCCCCUGAACCCAGAGAGAAAACCAUCACAGAUCCCCUUCCUCCAGAACAGCUGGCAGCCCUGAUUUAUGAAGCCAGUGGACAAGAUAUUAGUAUUGCUGUACUCACACAGGAGAUAAUGCUUUAUCUGGCUAUGUAUGUCAGAUCUCAGCCAAGUCUCUUUGGAGAAAUGCUGAGGCUGCGGAUUGGACUCAUAAUGCAAGUGAUGGCAACAGAACUCGCACGCAGCUUAAACUGCUCUGGUGAAGAAGCAUCUGAAAGUUUAAUGAGCCUGAGCCCUUUCGAUAUGAAGAGCCUUCUUCACCAUAUCCUGAGUGGCAAAGAGUUUGGCGUUGAACGAAGUAUGCGUCCGAUUGAGUCAUCAGCCACCAGCCCUGCUAUUUCUAUCCACGAAAUGGGACACACAGGAGCAACAAAAACAGAGAGGAGCGGCAUCAGCAAGCUUAGGAAUGAAAUGAAACAAAUGGAUAGGAGGUUUAGCCAAGAUGAUCAGUUCAUGUUUGGCCAUUCUGUCGCGAGCAGCAUCCAUUCCUCAAGGUCUACGAGGUGCAGCAGCCCUUCUUCUCCCACUGGUACACUCUCCCCUACAGGGUUUGCUGGACCCCUCCUUGUUUUUGAUGACCACCAAGGUCAGUGGUUGAGAAGAAGAAGGCUUGAUGGGGCUAUAAACCGCGUACCAGUCGGAUUCUACCAGAGAGUAUGGAACGUUCUGCAAAAGUGCCAUGGUUUAUCAAUUGAUGGGUAUGUUCUUCCUUCCUCGAGCACACGAGAGAUGACUGCUUGUGAGAUCAAGUUUGCUGUCCAAGUGGAAUCUGUUCUAAAUCAUGUGCCCCAGCCUGAAUACAGGCAGCUGCUGGUGGAAGCUAUAAAUGUGCUCACCUUGGUGUCUGACUUGGAAAUGGAUAACAUUGGUAGCAUUAUCUACGUGGACCGCAUUGUGCACUUGGCCAAUGACCUCUUCCUUCAGGACCAGAAAGCCCUUGGAGCUGCCGAUUUCUACCUUGACCAGGAUCAGGCUACAGGAAUCUGCAACUUCUUCUAUGACAGUGCACCAAGUGGAGCCUACGGUACAAUGACGUACCUAACCAAAGCUGUGGCCAUCUCCUUACAGGAUUUUCUACCUAAUACUAGUUGUGCAAUGCAGUAGCAAAUCAUAGCCUAGUGUGGCUUGUAUUUUAUUUAUUUUACUUUAUGAUAUAUGUUAUUUAUGUAAUAUAUGUGUUUUUAAAAAAAGAACUAAGUCAUUAAGGUAACAUUCAGGAGAAAAUGUGAGACUCAAAAUGUUGUUGUUCUAAAAUAAGAGGAACUCUUUUUUUCCUUAAAGUGUGUAUAAGAUGGAUGAAUGGAUAUACUGAUAUAAAUGUCUUAUAUUAUUAUUAUUUUUAUUAUUUAAGUAGAUCUACCAAAAAUAUUAGUAUAACUAGCAAAAUCCACAAAAAAUAUUACAGUUUAAUUAUAUUACAGGUCAGUUGUAAUGAGACUAUGGUCAGUAAAGCAAAUUCUCUUCAGUUAAACCAGUGAAAGCAACAGUAGGCCUUUUUAUUAAUAGGAAUAGUUAACAAUGCUUCUCUUCUCGUUUCCAUUUUUUUUUGUGCAGGUUAAAGCGGCGAAAUCAUUGUUUAUAUUGAUUGUCUUUUAAUUUAAAAAUAUUGAGAAACAUAUAUUAGUGCAUGCUUUAUUGCCCAGGAAACCUUAUUUAUCUGGAUAUUGUGUUUAUUUA